UCUCAAUCCGUAGUGAUCUUCAUGUUUCACUUUCUCCUUUAUCCCUUUUUUACAUUUAUAUAACGUAAAACGAAACACACACAGCUGCGCAUAGGUGUUUUGUGUGUUGUAUUGUAUAUAGAGGUGGCUGCGGUGGGUAGAUUGGAUGGAUAUGGCGGAGCCACUAUCGCCGCCGUUGAAGGACAACAAGCUUUUCAAAGGAGUUUUUGCUGUGGGCGGAAUCAUGUCUACUCUCGUCAUCUACGGAAUAUUACAGGAAAAGAUCAUGAGAGUUCCUUAUGGACCAAACAAAGACUAUUUUAUAUACUCAUUAUUUCUUGUCUUCUGCAAUCGGAUUACCACCUCUGCUGUCUCUGCUGGAGUUUUACUGGCAAGUAAGAAGGCAUUGGACCCAGUAGCUCCACUCCAUAAGUAUUGUAUUGUUUCUGUGUCUAACAUCCUUACAACAACUUGUCAGUACGAGGCUCUCAAAUACGUCAGCUUUCCUGUUCAAACCCUGGCAAAAUGUGCCAAAAUGAUACCUGUAAUGAUCUGGGGCACUAUCAUCAUGCAAAAGAAGUACAAAGGACAGGACUAUUUCGUGGCAUUCCUAGUCACACUUGGCUGUUCAUUAUUUAUUCUAUAUCCGGCAGAAGGGGACACUAGCCCAUACAGUAGAGAAAGGGAGAGCACCAUUUGGGGAGUUUCUCUUAUGAUGGGCUAUCUUGGGUUUGAUGGAUUUACGAGCACAUUCCAGGAUAAACUUUUUAAAGGCUAUGAUAUGGAAAUACACACUCAGAUAUUCUACACAACUGUCUGUUCUUGUCUUCUUAGUUUCACUGGUAUGAUCAUGCAAGGCAAUCUUCUCAUGGCAAUUGAUUUCGUAUCUCGCCAUCAUGAUUGUUUCUUUGACAUUGCUCUGCUUUCGACUGUAGCAACAGCUAGUCAAUUCUUCAUUUCGUACACAAUCCGCACAUUUGGUGCUCUAACCUUUGCAACCAUUAUGACCACAAGACAGUUGUUGAGCAUUUUGCUGUCAUGCUUGUGGUUUGGCCAUCCCCUCAGCUGGGAGCAAUGCGUUGGAGCUGUUAUCGUCUUUGGGGCCCUUUAUGCAAGAAGCUUCUUAAAUACUAAAAAGAAACCACCGUUAACUAUGGAGAACACAGAAAAUAGAGCUUCAAGUCCGCCAAAAGGAAAUCCAUAGCAAGACCUUGAAGGAUUCCGAUGUUUGUUGUACAACUGAUUUGACUUUGCCCUCUCUGAGAUAAAACUAACUAAAGGUGGAAUAGAUAGGACUUCUAUUGUAGGGACUCCGCGUGGAAGACUAGCUUUCUGGUUGGUAUUUAACAACUUGAAUCCAAGAUUUGAAACACAUUUUAACAACCGGCCUCAGGUAUUCACUAUUGUUGAAAUAGACACCCAUAAGCUAUAGAAGUACUGAGUUUUUCUUCCCCAUUUUUCGGUGCUACAGAAAGACUCAGCUUUGGUGAAGUUGUUAUCUCUCUCGAGAAACGAACUACAGUUUUAUCUUGGCAGAACCAAAACAGAUAGUAUAUUGCAUUACUUUAUGGAAAAAAGAUGACAAGUUUUAUAUAA